CGGCCGCGACGCGCAGCGCGCCCUGGGAGCGAGCGCGGGGGCCCGCAGCAGGCUGAGCGGCCGGCCCCUAUCCGCGUUGCGCCUUCUCGCGCACCCUCUGUCUUUGGUCGCCAAAGCUCUGAGCCUUGUCAGCGAGGUUAGGCAGCGAUGGGCCCUGGCCGGGAGGAGACGGAGAACCGGUUUUAACUAAUCUAGAGCCCUUAAGGCAUCCCACAAAAACGCCGUCCGAUUGGCAGCUGUCCUGUGAAGUACAUGGGGCCGAGUUUUUAACUGUAUUGAACUCCUCGGGUCGCCUCGGCGGGGUGGAGACUGGGAAGAGGGGUUUUUGGCGACAUGUUGGGAGCAGCCCCAUCAAGGGGGCCACUCUGGUGGGGGCCCAGCCUGGGCCUGUACUGCUGGUGGAGGAUCCGGGCAGGGCAGGUACAGAGGGUAGCAGCGACGGCUCCUGGUGCAGAGGAUGUCAGGGCUGGACAGCACAUGGGAACUAAAGAAGAAUUUGUGAAAGUCAGAAAGAAGGACUUGGAAAGGCUGACAACUGAAGUGAUGCAAAUCCGGGACUUCUUACCCAGAAUACUAAAUGGAGAAGUACUGGAAAGCUUCCAGAAGUUAAAAAUCGUAGAAAAAAACCUGGAAAGGAAAGAGCAAGAAUCAGAGCAACUGAAAAUGGACCGUGAACACUUCAAAGCUCGCCUGGAGACUGUGCAGGCUGACAGCAUUCGAGAAAAGGAGGAGAAAUUGGCUCUUAGACAGCAGCUGAAUGAAGCAAAGCAGCAACUCCUGCAGCAGGCGGAAUAUUGUACAGAAAUGGGAGCGGCAGCCUGCACCCUCCUGUGGGGCGUCUCCAGCAGUGAGGAAGUUGUGAAAGCCAUUUUGGGAGGUGAUAAAGCUUUGAAGUUCUUCAACAUUACUGGCCAAACAAUGGAGAGUUUUGUGAAGUCACUGGACGGGGAUGUCAAAGAGCUUGAUUCUGAUGAAAAUCAGUUUGUUUUUGCUUUGGCUGGAAUAGUAACAAACGUUGCUGCCAUAGCCUGUGGUCGUGAAUUCCUGGUUAACUCCAGUCGGGUGCUCUUGGACACCAUACUGCAGCUUCUGGGGGACCUGAAGCCAGGACAGUGUACCAAACUCAAAGUGUUAAUGCUGAUGUCCCUGUACAAUGUGAGCAUCAAUUUGAAAGGCUUGAAGUACAUCAGUGAAAGUCCAGGGUUCAUCCCUCUGCUGUGGUGGCUUUUGAGUGAUCCAGAUGCAGAGGUGUGUCUUCACGUAUUGCGACUCGUCCAGUCUGUGGUUCUGGAACCGGAAGUCUUCUCCAAGUUGGCCUGUGAGUUCCAGAGCUCCCUACCACUGCAGCGCAUCCUGGCCAUGUCCAAGAGCCGCAACCCCCACCUGCAGACUGUGGCCCGGGAGCUGCUAGAAGACCUCCGUGCUCUGGAGCGUGACAGGUAGGGGCACUCUGUAUGCCCCUGCCCCUUCCCCAGGUCUCCACUUUGUACUGCGAGCCCAUUACUGUGUGCUGUGUGUCGUGGGGGGGCAGAAGGGUUGACUAGAGAUGUGCAUGAAUUGACAUGUAUCUACAGAACUUCCUUCUGGAAAAGAGAGUGCUGGUUGGUGGGUGGUUAAUCUUGUCAGAGGGGAGCCUAAGAAAGAAUCCAUCCUUCUAGACUGGCCCAUGUUAGCUGACCCUAGGGGAGGGCCUUACUGGUUUCCUUUGGCUCGUAGACUUUUUGAGACCUGUGGGUUUUCUCAUAAAAAUUGGGGGAUUAAAUAACCGCCUACCCCUUGCUCAGCAUUUUCCUGAGAUGCAUUUCUUUGAAAAACAAUUCAUUCUCUCUCUAGUAAUUAUAAUUACCUCCAAAAUGCAAGUUUACCUUUAAACCUUUUGGUGAACCACUAUUUCAGAUAACAUUGGACAUUUUAGUUCUAUAUUUUUGUGCCUCUUUUAUUUUUGAAUAAAGAAAGAAGAGUCAUUGAUGGCUACAAUGAUUAUAUUUUGAAGCAUUAUAAACUUGGCACCAGGAAGUUAUAUAUUACAACACAUGUACUUGGUUAGUAUGUCCUUAUACUGUUCUGGGCCGUUUGGCUGUAAACUCAGAUGUCUAGUCUUUCGUGUAACAGAUACCAUGAAAAGGGCCUCGCAGAUCCCAGCGCCUGCAGUUCACUGAAGUUCUCUCAGUGAUGGACGUGGGUGCAAGGGCCCCUCUCCACGAACAUCCUUUGCAGCCGCGCCGCGGCCCCUGGCAGAUGCAUGUCACUUCUCACAGACCCCACAUAUGAGAGUGGAGGGUCCCUCCAAACCGGGCCUCAGCAUCACAUUAGGGAGACGUUGCUCCCUGCUCUGGUGCUGCUCCCUUCUGCGUGACAUCGCAGGCCUGGGGCUCUGGGUGUCCUGUAGCAGCAAAAGCUGAUGCAGGCAUCUCCUUCCUGUGGCGGCUUUAUUGACAUUUAGGAGCCGUUUCUGCUGUGUGUGGCAUUUUAGAACAACUGCAUUCUUCUUGUAAGUAGAUUUUUAUAGGCAAUGUACAAUCUAUGGCUGAGGUUGGAUAAAGGAGCUUGGAGAAAGGCCCAGCUGCUGAAUUUCACCAGCCGACAUAUUGUGGAACACUACCAUCUUCAGAGCCAGAGAAGUGUUGUAAAAGGCAGUUUAAAAUUCAUGGAGGCAGGAAUUGGUCCAUCUGUGCUGUGUGGUUCUGUAGGUCCUGACUACUGGCAAAUAAAAUUGAGAAUGUUGUGGUUUUGUACUUUUUCUAGCAUGGUCUCAUUUUUUCUUUUUGGUUACUUGUUUGGUAAGGUAUAAAACUAGUGUAUUUGUUUUGCUGCUCUCGGAAUGCAGUCUUGCUCCCGCUACAGAUGAGGAAGGGGAGUACAGUGAGCAACGGACGGCUGAACCUGUGAGUGCUGCGUAGUUUACUAAUUAGUAGAUGGAUGUGAUUAAGGAGGAUGCAUUUUUUUCUCCUAAUUUUGAAGUCUAAGGAUAGCAGGAGGUUCUUAGGAAAACUUCAGGAAGAAAGACAUGACAAGUACAUGUUUUGAGUGGAAAGUAUAUAAGGCCGAUUCUAAGGCAUGACCGGCCUUCCUAAUAUUUCUGCUCUUCAUGUGAGAGUCAAGGGAAGAACAUGCAUUCUUUAAUUUUUUGCAUAUAGAAAUCUAAAGAAAAUUCCAUUUUACAAGUAUGUAUAAAAACAUGUACUUGGCAGUGUUUGAGGUCCCUUGUGAAUUUUAAAAGCAGAAGCAAAAGCAGUAAAAUGGUACAUA